UGUCCUCAACCCGCCCCGUACCAUUCCUGCGUUGUUUGAUAUCGUGGAAGUACAAUGGAAGAGACAUGCGACGAGUCUCUUGUAAAAGACAAUGCAAGAUUCAAAAGAAAAAGUGCUUGAAAGUUAUCCUUUAAAAUUGUGUUGGCUUCAACCGGAGCCUUUCGUUAAAGCCAAAACCAGAAAGAUAUUCCAACCAAUGCCUUUGUGUGAGCAGCGGAUAAAACUUAAGUGUACCGAACAUGGGAUUAUUUUAUCCCUUUCAAUCUAAUAACCCAUUAUCUACGCGGCCUUGCUCCUCCAUUGUUGCAAGGAGUCUCCACACCCGAUGGGUUGCACCUAGAAUUAGUACAGUCUUCCAUCAUGAUAUUUCAUACUCGUUUACUAAUGACGAGGAGGUAGCAGAAAUUGGCUCAAGUGUCUCUGUCCUCGCUUUCUUAAUCUUGCUUAAUAGUGUUCAGCUAGUACUCACAGGGGUGGCUGUAGGAGCUGGUUGGCAAGGAGUGGUUGCAAUUAUUAUUAUUGGUUGCUGUUAUGUUAUCGGGAUUCCUUUAGGAGUUUUGCUUGCUUAUGUGGUCCAUCUUUCAAUUAGGGUUCUAUGGGGCUCACUCAGAACCAAGAAUUUCUUCUUUGAUUUACCAAGUACAUGGAUUGGAAUGCUGUUUGGUGUGUGAAUGCAGUCACUUGUGCUUAUCUAUGUCAGGUGGAAAACUGAUUGGGAUAACCAGAUCAAAAAAUCAUCAGAAUGUCUCAACAAGUGGCUCUAGAAGCCAUCAGAGGAAUCUGACCAAAGCACCCUACAAGCCUGAAAGGAAUGAAGUAUUCGCUAUUUUCUAUUUUCUGCUCAGAAUAUCGAGGAAGGAAUGAAUAUGAGGGAGGCUUUUAUUCCUCAGUAGGGAUGGACAUGGGCCUGCUGAUAGGAUCCUUGGUAGGUUGGACAAGCCAUGCAUCUGCAGAGUAUUGUUAAGUGGAAGGAAGUUUUCCACUUAUUGUAAUAAUUCAGGACAUAGUUGGAUGUCACAUUCUCCCAUGUUUAUUGGGAGUCCAAUUGAUAACACAUGAUAUGAUGGCAAUAAUCAAGAGCACACUACUAGGAGAUAGGCAAGAUCUCAAGGGUUUCUAGCUGACACCAUCAUUAUCAUUAUUAUUGUUUUAGAAUUGUUUUGUUAUUAUUGUAAUUAUUUUUAUUUUUAAUAUCAUUCGUAUCCUUACUGUUGUUGUUC